CGCUAAGGAAGCGGUGCUAGUUGCGCUAGUUGUGAGAAAAGCAAUUAGGCAUAGAAUAAGAAUAAUAAAGAAGUAGAUAUCAAAAGUCAAUCUGUCGGAAAUCGGAAGCGUCUAUGAUUUCUGUCUUUGUCAUUUCUUUCCAUCUUUUCUCUUUCGUUUGGUGGUCUUGACAGAGGUUGUUGAAAAGCAGAAAAGCACGUUUUCAGUAUUCUCAGAAAAUAGGAAAUAAUAAUGGCCCCAAGGUACGAAAUCGCCGUGGGCCUCCAAAAGGGACAUAAGACUACAAAAAUUUCUGAAAAAUCCAAACUCAACAAAGUUCGCCCAGCAAGGCUGAAGGGAAUCCAAACUAAACACACAAAGUUUGUGAGGGAUAUUAUCCGUGAAGUGGUGGGUCAUGCUCCUUAUGAGAAGAGGGCUAUGGAAUUGUUAAAGGUGUCUAAGGAUAAGAGGGCCCUCAAGUUCUUGAAGCGUCGUCUGGGAACACACAUUCGCGCCAAGAGGAAGCGUGAAGAACUCUCAAACAUUCUCACCCAGAUGCGUAAACAAGCCACACAGCAUAAGUAAUGUGUUUAGUGUUCAAUAAAUCCUGACUACCUACAUUGAUCUUUUUGUUUUUCAUGUCAUAGGUACUUUGGUAGAUAUAACAUUCCUUAUUCAAAGUAUUUCAUGACUC